AUGAUCCGCCAUUGGGGCCUCAGCAUACUCAUCGCGGCUCUCUCUUUCAUUGCCAUCGGUUCCGCCACAGACACAAGCGAACCGUCCGAUGCUACUCUCUGGGGUGCCAUACCGGAUUGUGCCAAAUUAUGUGUUCAGAAUUUUAUCGAGGGCCAGUACAACACUGCGGAGUGUGCCUCGGGAUCUGAUAUCAAAUGUCUUUGCCGGAACAAGACACCGAGUGGACUCACCUUGGGAGAAGCGGCUCUGAGCUUCGGCAACAACCAUGUAUCCUGCGACCACUGCAACCGGCCCAUCAAGUACAAGCCCAUCUUCAUCCUCGUCCUUGAGCCAAACAAGUUCCUCAUCAAUUCUGUUUACUUCCUCCUUUUCUUCCCCCUCAUCUACAGCGCCCACGGAAACCGUCUCUCAGACGACGAGAUCAACUUCCACGAAAACCACAACGGCAAGCAGCGAUACAAGUACACCUACAACCAGCAUCGCUUCGGCUACUCUAGCACUGUGAUUGGGGUAUCUGUCGCAUCUGGCGUUGCUGGUGCUUUUCUCAUCGGAAUCGCCGUCUUUCUAUGCUGCAAACGAUGGCGACAGAGGAGUCACGCCUCGGGAUUCAAUUCUGACCAUGAUGAUUUCUUUGAAAUCGGCGGCACAAUGUCUGAACCUGCUGACUUCUCGCGGUCUCCUUCUCAACUUUCGCCCCGCGGGCCUCACAGUGGACCCCGCGGGUCGUUUCCUCUCGCACGCGGUCCUGGCAGUGACCAGAUGUCCGAGCUACCUACAACACGGACACCAACCUGGCAGAAUCCGACCAUGGCGCCGACUGUGAGACUGCUUCCAACUGCUCCGGACUCAGAGAAGCCACUCGAAAGGGAACCUAUCGGGGUCGCUGUGAGCUCUCGGGACGGUUGGGCAAACUCACCACGCAGUCUAUCAUCAUCGCAGAACGUGCAAGCCGAAUCAUCUACGACUCCGGUGAUGGGACUGCAUCCGAAACCGUUAAAAUGGAGUCUUCGACCCGACAGUGGCGGGACACUCUUUGAAGAAGACGAAUAUCAGCAGAUCAGAGCACCUCAACCAUUAAACAUGCAGAGUACAGCCUGUGCUCGCCCACUACCAGGGCUGCCAGCCAAUCCUCGCGCGUUCAAGAAUAAAAUACCACCUGAUCAUCAUCACGGAGGAUCGUCGCCGCCGCCGCCGCAACAGCAGCGUGCUCGUCCAGGACACCAAGGGCGAUUUUCACCACAAAGCAGUCUUUCUAGUGAUCGGGUUGUGGGUCCAAAUAUGUCCACGACAGCCUUCCGUUCAUCCCCACCGUCGAAUCCCAGUAGCUCGUCGAACAAUGAUUCAGGGUCUUCUUAUCGUGGAUCCGCGAGUAUUCCAGUCGCACUCGCUCUGAUGCAGGGACAGGAACAAAGGCAGGGGCAAAGGCAGGGCCACGGCUCGAGCGUACGGCCUAUUCACCGACCUCGUCCGUCUCCUCGCAACUUUGAUCCACGAAGAAGCCCAGCUUUGAGCGGCAAAGCCCCCGGAGGACCCAGACCGGCUGCCAGUCCGACCCAGGUUCCCAGUCACCCUCCUCAAUCACCCAACAACGGGCUCGGCCUCUCUGCGCCGCCAGACCAACUGGUUCAGCCCCGAAUUGUGUCCCGAGAAGAAAUCAAGCAUGUUGAGAUCCGCAGCAGUCCACGUCUUCCUGGUGAAGUCGUGGCGCCUUACGGCCCAGAUGACUUUUGGCCGGAGCGAGGCCGAAGCCGAGCCCCUGUCCCCCAUACCAUGAAAGCAUUGCCCUAUCCCUCAGAGAUCGCCCCGGGGAAGGUCUUGUAUCCGCAGAGUCCCCAUAAAAGACCGCGAGAUAUACAGGCACAGCGACUGUCAGCUACCGGGCGGAGCCUGACACCUUCCAAGAGAGGGGACGAUUUGAUUCUCCGAGUUGAAGAGUAA